GAGGUAGGUUCGCCCGAGGAAGAGCAAGGGGCCAAACUGACCGAGCGUGGCUCUCCCAAUCCCAUAUCCAGUGCGUAGCUGCUACACUAAAAUGUUGCUUCCAGUGUCUGCUCUGCAUGUUACUGUCCCCCGUCGCAGGGUUUACUGAUAGCAAGAGUCUCCACUUUGCAGCCCUGGAAAGUUGCACAGAAAUGCACGUUUUCGUAUCCAAAAGUUCUGUUUGAAGCAAGCAAACCUUGUCGUGAUAGCGGGUUGUCGCGCAGCUGUGCUCUGGCCGGGCUUGUGCUCUCUAGAUGGCAGGCAGAGGUUGGGGGCUCCUCUCCCUUGCCUUGACCCAAAGCCGGGCUCAGCGUCUAGAAACCGACGCCGUUUCUCCUGAGUGGCGGGGGCUCCGAGGACCAGUGCGCAUCUAAAUAUUGUGUGCACACACACCUCUGGGAAGCGGAACCCAGGCGUCCGGGCAGCUCCCGCUUCCCUGCCUUGCGAGCUCCCAGAAUCCCCCAGGCCACCUCCCGGGCCCUGUUUUUGGCUCCUCAUGCUGCCUUGUCUUUCCCCAGCUUCCCUCGUGAUGUCUGGCCCCACCUGGCUUCCCCCAAAGCAGGUGAGCGUCCCAGGCCAGCCUGGCAUCGCAGUUUCCCCUCCGGCACUUUGCAAGUCCCAGAAGAGCUUCGCCCCCAUUCCUGCCGCUCCGAAACCCGCCUACGAGCCCCAGGAGGCCAAUGGGACCAUGAGUGCCACUGGGCCAUCUCCUCACUACCAGCCCCAGGUGCCAGGGCCGCAGGAUUCCAAAGGUGAACCCCAGUAUUCCUCUGUAAAUGAGCGGGGAGCGGGGGGCUCCUGGGGCAGCAUUUCCCCCCCCCAACUAUCCGCUGCAGCAGGGGGGCUCCAUGGAGCAGGGACUACACCGCCCAUCCAGCAUCGACCUGCAGAUCGACUCGCUGACCAGUAUGCUGGCCGACAUGGAGAGCGCCAGGAGCCGUCGGGGCGAGAGGCAGAACCUGGAGCCCACUCCGUACCCCACCAGCCUGCCACAGCCGGGGGGCGCCAAGCCCACAGCAGCCUACAAGCCGGGCCUUUCCGGAACCUUCUCUCCCGCCAAGGCUCCUGCGUUCUCCACUGAUACCUACACCAAGAGCGGGCCUUACGCGGGCGGCCCGCCGACCCCCACUCCGUCCUACCCACCUGUCUCGGGGCUGCCCGCGCAGUAUGGGGGCCCCAUUUCCAGCGACCCCUUCCCUGCUGGCUACCACCGGGCAGCUGCGCCCCCGAAGCCGUACCCCCAGCCGAUGCCGGCCUCGUACGCAAUGGCAUCCUCUUCCGCCGGCCCGCUCUUCAAUGUGCAGGUGAAGGUGGCCCAGCCUGUCCUGGGCUACAGCCAGCCCCGGCGCAGGGCCGAGCAGGCGUACGGCCCCCCGUCGCCCCGGCCGGGCUGCGGGGCCAAGCCACCCCCGCAGUUCGCCCCGGAGCCGGGGGUGAGGGGCCGGCCCCACGACACGGAGCCCUGGGGCCCGGACCCACCCGCCUAUGGCCGGCGGCUGGGCGAGGGAGAGUUCUACGCUGGCCCCGGGGGGCACGCCAAGCUGGGGGCGCCGAUGGGGCCAUACCAGCCCGCCAAGCCUGGAAAGGAGGAGCCGGCCCUGGGGGCGCCGAUGCCAGCCGGCGGCGGAGCGCUGCGGUACCAGCACCAGGCUCCCCCAAGCCGCCCCGAAGAGGAAUUGGACCGGCUCACGAAGAAACUGGUGUACGACAUGAACAACCCCCCUUCCGGAGAAUAUUUUGGCCGCUGCGCCCGGUGCGGGGAGAACGUGGUCGGCGACGGCACGGGCUGCGUGGCCAUGGACCAGGUCUUCCACGUCGAGUGCUUCACCUGUGGCACGUGCCGCUGCCGUCUCCGUGGGCAGCCGUUCUACGCCAUCGACCGGCGCUCCUUCUGCGAAUCCUGCUACAUCGUGACCCUGGAGAAAUGCUCCAUGUGCUCCAAGCCGAUCACGGACCGGAUCCUGCGGGCCAUGGGCAAAGCGUACCACCCACAAUGCUUCACCUGCGUCAUCUGCCACCGGUGCCUGGACGGGGUCCCAUUCACCGUGGACGCCACCAGCCAGAUCCACUGCAUCGAAGAUUUCCACCGAAAAUUUGCCCCACGGUGCUCCGUGUGUGGAAACGCCAUCAUGCCGGAGCCCGGGCAGGAGGAGACGGUGAGGAUUGUCGCUUUGGACCGCAGUUUUCACAUCGGCUGCUACAAGUGCGAGGAGUGUGGGCUGCUGCUCUCCUCCGAGGGGGAGGGCCGAGGCUGCUACCCGCUGGACGGCCACAUCCUGUGCAAGAGCUGCAGCGCGCGCCGCAUCCAGGAGCUCUCCUCCAAGAUCACCACGGACUGCUGAUGCACGGGGGCUGCCCCACAGCGCCCCCGCCGCCCCCCGUCCCUCGGGCCUCUGGGCCCCGCCUUGCUGCCCGCGCCUGUCCUCGCACACCCGGCUCCCUUCGCGCAGCCCUUGCCCCCCUCCUCACUGACUUUCCGGGUGCGUGUUCCCACACCUCACUCUUCGGUAACGGUCCCCCCACCCGCGUGUGGGGGCAGAUGUCUCGUCGUGCGGGGCGAGGUUCUGGCCCGCUCCCCCCGCCUCUUCCGUACCUGGGCAACAGCCCCCAAUCGCACCGGGCGUUCUGGGAUCGCCUCCGUGUUCCUGCCGCCCCGCAGCACGACAGACCUGAGCCCCAAACCCAUAAGCUGGUCUUAGCUGGUUGGUGUGGGCUUUGUGCCACCCUGGGCCCCGGACUCCUGGGUCCCCCUCCGAGGCCAGGGGCUCCUGCCUUUUAACUGGCCCCAGUGUCCAAGCCCCUGGCUGGGGACUUUUUAAUCAACCCUCCGCCUCAUCUGACCUCUUUCGUACCCACAAGGUGUGUUGUGCACACUUCUGUGUCCUUUGUGUCCGCAUUAAUAAAAAUAGUUCAGACCUUGCAA